UCACUGAUGACAGAUAAUAUUCUGGUCCUCCUGAAGCUCUGUGCCCCUGUUCUUCAAGAACUAAAUCAUCUAGAGCUUCUGAGGAGUUACAUGGGAGCUUUAGAAAGAGCUGCUCUUCAGGAAUUGGUGGAGAAGGGCUCUAAACCGGCAAAGAAACACUCCAGAACUUUCCAGGGCCUCCUGUCUCUGCACAACUACAUGGAUUCCAGUAAUUUGAGGGAAGUUGUCUCCAAGUUGCUUCUCCUCCCACACAACAGCCUCAUCUCCCCCAGUAGCAGUAAGGGGGCAAAGUUUGAGCUCAGCAUUUACGGUCAGGCAGCUCUACAGAUCCUCACAGAGUGUAAAUAUACGGCCUCCCAGGACCAUGGCACAUUUCUGACACAGGCACACCUCUUUGGUCUGGGCACACUGCUGCUGUCCUGUUCCAAGCCUGCACUGGAGGCAUUCUUGCUCCAGUUUCUAUCCAGUGAGCCAAGCAGUGCAAAGCUCCUCCACACAGAUGUGCUGUUGCACUGUCUCCAAAGACCACUCUCAGACUCCCUAGCUAUCAGCUCUCUCCUGCUGCAGAACUGCUCCACUCACCGGCUCCGGUUUGAGAUGUGGUGUCUUGAACCUGAAAACAUGGAGAAGCUUUCUGACCAAUCAGAAGCCUUCCUUCCACUGAUUAAUAUGUACUUACGUGUGGCAAGCAGAGAGGACCCAGCCAGACCCAAAGAUGUGCAAAAAGACAUUUUGAAAGCCUUGAAGCAAGUGUUGCUUGCCAAGUUCUCCCAGUGUGUUCUGGGAAACUUGACAGAGGAGUCCGGAGCCCAGCUUACGGAAACUCUAGGCAGUUUGAUAAAACUCUCUGCAAACAGCAAGGACAUCAGGGAUUUGAUCAACAGUCUUCCCAGUGCUCUUCAAAAUGUGGACAGUUUUGAAAGAUGGCAACUAGUAGAUGUUAUCAGUGACAAGCUGGCUGAUUGCCCAGAAGAACAGGAAAAAUGGAGGAAGUCUGUCGCCACUGCAGCUAUCAAGUGUCUCAUUGCCUCUUACAGUCACUCGAAAGAUCAGGCUACUUCCCCAUUAGAGCAGGAGCACAGCAUCUUAAAAAGACUACAGCGAGUCCUAAUAUCGAAAGAAGACAUCACUGCAUCUGAGUGGAACAAUUUUGUCAAAAAUGGACUAAAAUAUCGCUACAGAGAUCACCACUUCCUGAACACUCUGAGCAGCCUGUUGGAAGUGAUGUAUUGUGGCACUGAGGUUCAAAAGGACCUGAUACCUUUACCCACUCUUUACACAAUGAUCUCCAGCCAUUCUCUGUUCCUGCCCACCAUGCUGGACUCUGAAGAGUCUAACAGCUGCCAGAUUAAAGAAGAGUUGGUAUUCCUCCUACUCUGUCUGGUGAAGAAAAGCCCGAGUGUCUGCAACAUCAAUCAUUUUGUUGUACUUUUGGGAGCAUACGGAGCUACGCUGAGUACUUCAGAUCAAAAAUUGUUGCUGCUUCUUCAGGAAUAUGAAAGAAAUCAAGUCAGCCUGCUGAAGUUCCAGUCAUUGUUGUGGGGCCCAACAGCAGUGGAGCACCACAAGACCAGUAAAAGCCUGGGAGCUUCUCUGUGGAAGCAGACCAGCUCAGAUGACCUGUUGGCUCUCCUCAAACCUGACAAGAUGUUGCAAACUAUUGCACACUUUCCACAGCAGCGCAAAAUCAUCCCGCAGGAAAGCACGGAGCCUCUCUACAAUAAUAAUAAAGUGAAAGACCUUGGGAAUUUGUACGAUCCAUGUUUUCUGUUGCCUCUGUUCAGCGCCAUAUUGCGGCCAGAAUGUGUUAUUGACUGCCUGAAGUUUGUAUCCAGCCACGCUCUUGGAGUAACUGUAAUGGCCCUGAGUAGCUAUGAUCCAAAGGUGAGGGCGGCAGCGUACCACGUGCUUAGCUGCUUCUACCAACAUCUGGAGGGUGCUCAGUUCAGAGAAAAGAGACAGCUGCUCUACUUGAUGGACAUGGUAAAAAAUGGAAUUCAGCAACAGAAUCAAAGACUCCCAUUUGUCAUGACCACUUACAUCACCAAAGUGGCUCAGCAGAUGCUCAAACCUGAGGACCACAUGUACGUGGUGCUGAACAGAUUUCUGCUAUCCCACCAGAGUUUGGACUUCAGAAGAGUCCCUGAGUUUUUUAAGCUUUUCUACAGCUUUGACUUGGAGCACAAGGUGGAACGUGAGUGGAUUGUAAGCGUGCUGGAGCAAGGGAUGAAAGAUGGACACUGCUAUGACCUGUGCAACCAGCAAGGCAUCUUUCAGAUCCUUUUAGGCUUCAGCAGCAGCCCUCUGUGUGAUGAACACUUCCAGGCACAGAUCAUCAGGGUGUUGUGUCAGGCUGCUCAUGUGACCAAAGCGGCGCAUAACCUCACCAAGACCUCUGGGCUCCUAACCUGGAUAAUGCAAAUAGUUGAAAAAAGGAAUCUGGAUUGGCAGCUGCUGUGCGCCAUCAUCGAUCUGUUUCAUGUGCUGUGGUUUACGGCCCUCGGGCAGAAGGAGAAGCAGGUGGAUGAAGCAAAGACCUCCUUAUCUGCUGAGGAGAAACCUCAGAGCUUUGUGAAAUGUCUUCCUCCGCCACUCAUCAGUGAAUUCUUAUGUGUGGCGUCAACUAUCACGAGACAUCUCGG